GUCAGACAUUCAAAGUAACGUCACAGGAAGCUACAAAGCUGAGUGUGGCAUUCUCAAGGCCUCCACUGACUUCUGCAGAGGAUUGCCGGAAGUUGAGUGAAGAUGUCCAAAGUGCCAUUCUUGCAGUUGCCACAGUGUACUACUGGCUCCCCAAGGGCCAAGGUACUACUCUUCGGAAGAUGGUACGAGAUGCUACCACUGAAGUAGUGGAAGGAAUGAUCCAACUCACGGAAACAAUUCUCAGUGCUCCAUUGGAGAGCUUGUCUCAGGAACAGCUUAUAUCAACUGGUGGCGUGUGGGAGGCAUGUGAGCAAGUGUCCAACCUGCCACGAGAUAACCAGGCAGCAGUUGUGUCAGCUCUGGCUGCAUGUCUAAGUGUGGUCAAGGAUGCUCUGGAGGAGAUGGAACGUGCUCUGGUGGAAGGCCAAGACCCUUACAGUGACAUCAUGGAAGAUGAAGAGCUGGGCUUUCGCGGCAACAGAGAUACGUAUUGGUCAGAAGCUGACCGGAAGCUGCUUAGCUCCUGCAUGGGAUUAAUGAAGGCUUCUAAAGCUUGCCUGAAGAAGGUCUUGGGUGUAGUGAAGGCUUAUGGCAAAGCUGAUUCUCCAGAGCAGAUCGCUCAGCUGGAUGAUCUUGCAGACAUUGCUAAUGAGAUCAGUCCAAGUGUUGAUGAGCUGGCACUGAGCAUGUAUCCACCUAUGAACCAGCUGGCUGUGCGACUCAAUGCUGCUAAGUUGGCCUCGGUGUUAAAGAAAGUCUUAGAGAUUGCAAAGACAAGCCAUGUAUGUCCACCAUCAGAGGAAGGCUGGGUGCAGUUUCUAACUGGUGCCGUAGAUCACAACAUGAAUAAAAUCAAGAACUUCACACAGGGUCAACUUUAGCUCUUCCAUGUCUACAUGUGUUGCUGCCACUGGCUCUGGCAUAUGCUUUUCCAGUGAAUUUUGCUGUUCUCCAGCUACUGGGAGAAUGAUGAGAACAAUGUUUUUAGGAGAGAACUUUAUUGCCAUUUGGUAAAACUUUGCCAGGAAAUUGCUCUUUGCCAUUGCAGAAAGUGUCAUUUUGCUUCGAUUCCUGGGAUGGUGCAGGGCUGCAUUUUAAUGCUGUGAAUGUGCCCCAUUCUUCGGACAUUGCUACUACUACGGGGUUCAGAGAACAAUAAAAUAUUGCUAGAUUUGCA